AUGGUCUUGACUCGGGCCGGCCGCGCUAGGGCCGCCGCAGGACAUCCGACCCCGCCGCCACCGCGAACCUCAUCCUCGGGCUCGUCGUCGCAUACGCCGUCACCCAGCCAGCGCACCCCUCCGCGCGAUAGGAACAAAUACAAGCAAACCGUGAUGCGCGAGCUCAACCUGGUGCAGGGACUGGGCGGACAACUUCUUUCCGACGGCCCAGCGAAUACCUUCUUGAAGAGCGGUGACUGCGUGCUGGGCUACACAUGCGAGGUCGCGAACAGACGGCACGUCGGCCCCUACACUUAUACCUGGAGUACUGCUCAACCUCUCAACAUAAAGGUCGAGCAUUUCCUCUUGAUGAGAGGUCUUGAGACCUGGGAGCGCCGCAACGACGCACGUUGCUGUGCGUGCCAUUCGAAAGACCUCCAUUACCACGUUGGCCUUUUUGCCGUAUGCCAGCGGUGCGGAUUUGCCGCAAUGCGAUGGAAAGGAGUUCAUAAGCGUUGCAAUGACUCUGAUGUGCACAAGGCGAACAAGAGAAACAUCUUCGAGCCUCUGGUCUUCGAAGGCGGCGAUAGGUGCAACGAGUGCCUCGUUUAUCGUUGCAUCUUGUAUGGGUUUCGACCGCUGGAGCCUCGAGUUCAGCGAAUGUAUCAAGUGUACCCGAGGAGGGCCGAUGACCUGCUGACGGCCAGGGCUAUC